AUGCGUUUCACAAUUCUAUGUGGGUACUGUAUUGAUACAGUGAUCCUGAUUCCUGUUCCUGGAAUUUAUUGUAUUGGUUGGCUGAAAAAUGCAUCGGAUGUCAUGAAAGUUAUGUAUGUGGCAAUUUUCUACUUCCUAUUUGGUCUACAAGGUGAACUUCUUGCAAUUUUAUUGUUUUUGAAAAUUGGAUCCGUUGCCAGACCAAAUUCAGUUUUCAAAUUACCCGCCUUUUUCAAACUCAUCUUCAUUUUAUUAUUCAUUUCCAUAAAUCACGGUUUCCAUUGGAUAGUGUUCUAUUUCACCUAUACAACUCGGGCAGAGCUCGAGAUAUUUAUUCAUGACCAUUUUCCAUAUCACGAAUUUCUCCUUCGUUAUCAAUUUUUGUGGAUGGCAACUUCUAAUAAGUUGUAUAUCAGCUUAUCAGCUCUAAAUUUGUGUUCAACUGGACUUAUUAUAGUGAUGAUCGUAUUGUGUUACAUUUUGGUUUUGUAUGAGUUGGAAAUGACCAAAAGUUAUCUUAGCAAGAAUCGUUAUCAAGAGCAUAAAAGAUAUAGUGAUGAAAUUGGAAAUCAUGGAAUAUUGAUUUUUCCAUUUUUCGCAAUCCUCCCAUUAUGCUGGUUUGUUCAAUUCUUUGUAUUAGAACAAACUGAUGUUUCGAUUCCUGUAUCUAUCUGUUUUCUGAUUUUUAUAACAACUCCAAUUCCUGCAAUGCUGUUUUUUCUAUGGAGAAAUCCGUUAUAUCGGAUGAAUUUUCAAAAGAAAUUCUGCAAAUUUCGAAACAACCAUAUUCGCACAAUUCCAGUUGGAGCCCAAACUAUUUGA